AUGUUGUUGAGGCUGCUUGGACUCCUGGUCCUGCGUUCGGUCGGUUCAGCCAUGUUUUUAGGCAACACUACGCAGUCAAUGGACUAUGAAGGAAGUGGCAGUAACACGACCGAUGACCCAAACACCUACAACUGGCCCGGCCCCUCUGUGCCGCAUAUGAUGCCCUCCAGUAACAACCCUAAUACAAGGAUGAUCGGUGGUCCUAUGCCCCCUGACCCAGGGUUCUGUGACUUAAUAUUUCAAGCACAGCCACCUGUUGAAUCAGUCCCACCUAUAUGUCUCUGUCAGUUGUGUAAAGGCACCACAGGACCCAAAGGAGACCGUGGAGACCGGGGCCCCCCAGGUGAACCAGGGAGUCCAGGAAGGAGGGGAAUAAUGGGACUCAGAGGUCGUCCUGGAUUCACAGGCCCCCCAGGCAUAAAAGGUCAGAAGGGAGACUUAGGGGAGAAAGGGCAGCCUGGCGUCAUGGGUUUCAAUGGAAUGAAGGGCGAACGCGGCUUCAAAGGAGAAAAAGGAGACAGGGGACUGGAAGGUCCCCCAGGUGCACAGGGUCCACAGGGAGAGGCCGGGUCAUGCCCUGCCUCCUGCGACAGUGUCCAGGGCCCACCUGGUCAACCGGGUCCACCUGGGCCACCCGGUCCCCGGGGACUCCCUGGAGUUAAGGGAGCUAUGGGACAAAAGGGCCAUAAAGGUGAUAAGGGUGACCUGGGUAUGCCUGGGAACCCUGGGAUGGACGGCCAGAAGGGGGAUCAGGGUGAGCAAGGGGUGUGUGAGUGCACAGAUGGAGAGAAAGGAGCUGAUGGAAUGCAUGGGCAAAAGGGAGAUACUGGGGAGAAAGGUGAUACCGGACCAAUGGGUAUGCAGGGCGCAGAGGGGGCCAAGGGCGAGCAGGGCAUGCCAGGUAUGAUGGGCAUGCCCGGUCCCUGUACCCCGGCCAUCAAAUCAGCAUUUUCUGCUCUCUUAAACACCUCAUUUCCCAUUAAAAACUGGCCAGUGUCCUUUCCAAAUGUGUUAUACAAUCUUCAAGAACAUUUCAACCCAAACAUGGGCAUCUACACAGCACCUGUCAACGGCACCUACUUAUUCUCUUUCAACCUCGCUGUUAAAGACAAGCCACUGAAGGUGGGCCUGUUCAGAAACUUCCUCCCUGUCAUAAAGACCACAGAAGGAUCCAGCAUCAGCACCGUCAGCCAAGUGAUCAUCCUCCACCUCCAUAUGCUCGACCAGGUGUGGCUGCAGGUGAAAGAUGAGGACAACAACGGCAUGUACGCCGGUGGGGAGAGCACCAGCUCGUUCACUGGAGUUCUGCUGACCCCAGACUCCUGUGACUAUCCCAUGAACCGAGGCCAUGUGGAGCAACUGACCCCAUCAGGAACCUACGAAUGGGAUUAACCUUUAGGCACAGUUUAAGCAGAAGCAUCCACACCAACUAAAUCAAACCAACGCUGUGUAUUUAUUACUACAGUCUUUAAAGGAGGGGUAUUAUUAAUUCAAAAAAAUGUGGCUUAUACUCCUCACUGUUACAAAGCAGCGUCUUCAAAGCAGCCUUUUUAAGCAUUCAACCACUAAAACAGCAUCAAACUGAAGCAAAAAAGUAAAAAAAAAAAAAAAGAGGUGUAGCUGGUCAUGAAUUGGAACAAUGUCUUUUCAUGUUUGAGACUGAGGAAUUAUUAGGCCUCAAACAGCUUCUUCUUCUUCUCUACAAACAGAAAGAUCAGAACUUAUUCAGGAAAAAUGGCAAAAACCACAUCAAGUGACCAUGAAGUUUUUACAAAAUCAAUUUUCAACCAUUUUCAUCGUUUCUAAUGCGUUACUCAACUCAACCUGACACUCUUAGCGGCUAAGUCUAGUUGAAGUGCAACCAAUGCUGGUA